UGUUGCAGAAACAAUGGAAUUAUUUCAAACAAUCCACAUACAACAAAGAAAUGGACUCUUGGAAGUUGCCUUGAUGAAAAAGCCUUAUGUUACACUUUGGAAGUAUCAUUCUUCAGCUACAUGAACCUAUCAACUGGGACAGCACAACCUUAUACAGAACAAGGAUAUAUGAAACUGGGUCGCAACUUGGCAAGGACAUUCCUCGAUUAUUACAAACUCUCUGGAAACAUCACAGAAAAGCCUUGCUCAAACCUUCUCCUCCCUAAAGCAGCUUCAAAUCCUAGCUUUGUCAACCGAGAGAGGGAAAGAGAUAGGGAAAAGCUGGUUGAGAGCCACAGUGAAGCCUGGUUGUUUGAUGAUCAUUUCUCCACGCAUGGAUUCCAAUAACACAGAAUUGGGAAGAAGAACAAAAA